AUGACGACAACCUCAGAUACUUUGAUGUCAGCAUACAUGGCCCCUCCCAAUCUCCAUAUGAAGGUCGGUGGCAUCUUCAAGCUGGAACUAUUCUUACCAGAAGAUUAUCCCAUGACACCUCCCAAGAUCCGGUUUCUGACCAAAAUCUAUCACCCCAACAUCGAUAAACUUGGACGCAUCUGUCUAGAUGUUCUGAAGAGCAAUUGGUCACCUGCUUUACAGAUCAGAACGAUUCUUCUUUCCAUACAGGCUUUGCUUGGUGCCCCCAAUCCAGAUGAUCCACUGGCAAAUGAUGUUGCUCAGCGAUGGAAGGAGGAUCAGGAAGCUGCCAUUCAGACUGCCAGAGAAUGGACCAGGACACAUGCCAUGACAUGA